AUGCGGCCCUCCCUCGUCCGCCGCCAGAUGGGGAACCUUAUUCCUCCCAAAAUUACUACACAGAAACUUGUGUUGGCGAGUUCUGGUGAAGGGUUAGCUCCCCUCGUAAAUUUCUACUCAAGGCUGCCAAAGGGACCAGCACCAAGUCAAGCAAAGUACUUCAAUGGGAAGAAUGCAUCAGCAGCACCUGCUGUUUGGGUCAUCCUGAGAAACAGCAAUGAAACAUUGAUGCUGUUAUGUGCCACUCACAUUUCUUUCCUUUUAUAG